AUGUAUUCUUUCAGGACAGUCGCGAGAGCGGCACCACACGCGUACCUUCAACCCAUAGCCAGUCGGAUCGCUACCCGAACAUCGCAACCACAGAGAAGAAGUAUCGCGACCAAGAACAAUGUUUCCAAACAAAUGGUUGAGAAACUGCCUUUGGCAGGAAUCAAAGUCCUGGACAUGACCCGAGUAUUAGCUGGGCCAUACUGUACACAAAUACUUGGAGAUCUUGGAGCAGACGUGAUCAAGAUCGAACACCCCACACGAGGCGACGACACACGAUCCUGGGGCCCACCAGAUGCACCAUAUACGGACGGUGUCGAGCGUCAGUUCCCUGGCGAAAGCGCAUAUUAUCUUUCCGUAAAUCGUAAUAAGAAGUCGAUUGGGCUAGCCUUCAACAACCCCACAGGAAUCUCCAUUCUGCACAGGCUCGCGCAGGAAUGCGAUGUGCUUGUUGAGAACUACCUCCCGGGAUCGCUCGCAAAGUAUCAGCUCGACUACGCAACCCUUGCGAAGCUCAAUCCUUCCCUUGUUUACGCUUCUGUCACCGGCUAUGGACAAACGGGACCAUACCGCGAUCGUGCAGGCUAUGAUGUGAUGGUCGAGGCUGAGAUGGGCUUGAUGCACAUCACUGGAGAGAGGGAUGGACCACCAGUCAAGGUUGGCGUAGCGGUUACGGAUAUCAUGACUGGCAUGUACACUGCGAUUGGCAUACAGGCGGCGUUAUAUUCGCGUAAAGAGACUGGUUUAGGCCAGUGGAUCGAUGCGAGUUUGAGCGACGUGCAGGUUUCGGGAUUGGCAAACAUCGCGAGCAGUGCGCUGGUAACAGGCAAAGGCGACAGUGGUCGAUGGGGAACUGCACAUGCGACAGUAGUACCCUACCGAGCUUACAAAACAAAAGACACGAACAUCGCAGUUGGCGGCUGCAACGACCGCCUCUAUGGCAUCCUCUGCGACAAGCUACAACGCCCGGAAUGGAAAACCGAUCCUCGCUUCCUCACAAACGCGCUCCGCGUCAAACACCGUACGGAGAUCGAUACGCUUGUCGAAGCCGAACUCAUGACCAAGACAACACAAGAGUGGCUGGAGAUCUUCGACGGAAGCGGAAUGCCAUACGCGGCUGUGAAUGAUAUCAAGGGCACGGUUGAACACGAACACGUUCUUGCGCGCAAUAUGAUCCAGGAGAUCGAUCAUCCAGCAGUGGGCAAGGUGAAGCUUGUCAAUCAUCCGGUGAAAUAUUCGAGAGCCGAGCCGCGGAUCAGGAGUCCACCGCCGUUACUGGGGCAGCAUACCGAUGAGGUAUUAAGGGACAUGUUGGGAUAUGGAGAGAGCGAGAUCAAGGAGCUGAGAGAUAAGAAAGUUGUUGCGUAG